GUUAUUUCGUUGAUUCACCGUGCCGCACGUCGAUCGUUAUUGCUCCGUUAAUAAUUCGCGGAGGCCUUCGUUCCUUCGUGAUGGCGCGUCGUUAAUAUUUAAUGAUAACAUCUCCGGUUUCACGUGAGUUUACUUACGCUGCGCAGUAACGUCGUGAGAACGUUCGAUUAAUCGCGUUUAUUGGUGACCAAACUGAUCGUUUCGAUAGUCGAUCGACAACAGAACACGAAAACGAUCACAGUCGUACGAACAAUCAUGAGAAUCGAUCUGAAGGAAGCGGCAAGCGCAUGAUCGAGGGAAGCCGAAAAGAUUACUUGAUCCAUCUGCUGGUAUUUCUGCAUCAGCACCGAUGCCUCAAAGCCCAUACGUGUAUAAUCAGCAGAUUCCUAUGGAUAAUGGUAUAGUACCAGAGUAUGGUUACAACAUGCCAGAACAACAGCCUCCACCAUAUGGCUUUAAUAUAACGCCGAUGCAACAUUACCUACCUCCUGAAAGUCGUGGUGAUGAAUAUGCAACCUCACAAUUUGCGACGCAAUUAUUGACACAGCCAGUAGUUACAAACAUGGCUGUACAAUAUGGAAAUGUUUUGGUUGGAUCUGGAAAACAGCAAUUUGAAAAAUAUGUGCCAGUUUCAGCUUUAAAAUAUUAUUUUGCUGUCGACACAAAUUAUGUUGCUUCGAAACUAGCUUUGUUAUUUUUUCCAUUUACUCAUAAAGACUGGUCUGUGAAGUACGAACAAGAUGCUCCGUUGCAACCACGCUAUGAAACAAAUGCACCAGACAUGUAUAUUCCAACAAUGGCGUUUUUAACAUACAUAGUUUCAGCUGUAUUAGUUUCAGGAACUCAGGAACGUUUCACUCCAGAACAGUUAAGUAUUUUGGCCAGUACUGCUCUUGCCUGGGGAGUCAUAGAAUUAGUUGUGCAUAUCGUAAGCCUCUAUGUGAUGAAUCUUGAGACAAGUCUUUCAACAUUAGAUUUGUUAGCUUACUGCGGUUAUAAAUAUGUCGGUAUGAAUACAGCUCUUCUGGUUUCCUUAUUAUUUCGAAAAUUUGGCUAUUACAUAGUUUUAUUGUACUUCAGCGCGUCUUUAGGGUUUUUCCUUAUACGGUCACUAAAGCUAAGAGUCAUUCCACAAAAUAGCCCGUACACAGCUUCUGGAAAUAAGAGGAGACUCUAUUUUAUAUUAUUUGUAGCAGGUAUUCAACCUGUGCUAAUGUGGUGGUUAUCUUAUCACUUGGUUUAAUCAGUAAUAAUAUGGAAGGAAAUUGAAAUACGUUUAAAUAAAAACGAAAUAUGUAUAUUUAUUUGAUUAUUUACAUCAUAUGUGCAUUUUUAUAAUAAAAAUUUCUUCCAAAAAUUA